ACAAAGGCUUAAAACAGCAAAAAGCAAAGAUUCUCUCGCUGACUUCGUCUCUUCUUCUCUGUGCCGCUGGCGAAGAAGAUUUUUUAGGGUUUUUUAUUUUUCUCUCUUGAGCUGGGGAAUUGUUAUUAUCAAUCGUGUUUUUUGAGCUCUCUUUGAUCGGUGAGAAGAUAUGGCGUCGUCUUCAGCUUCGGCGACGGUGGCGGUUGAUAAAGCAACCAGCGAUCUUUUGUUAGGUCCUGAUUGGACUACGAACAUGGAAAUCUGCGAUUCUGUCAAUUCUCUUCACUGGCAGGCGAAAGAUGUAGUUAAAGCUGUUAAAAAGAGGCUACAGCAUAAGAGUCCUGGAGUUCAACUACUUGCUCUUACGCUUUUGGAGACUUUAGUAAAGAACUGUGGAGAUUAUUUGCACCAUCAAGUUGCAGAGAAAAACUUACUUGGGGAAAUGGUCAAAAUUGUGAAAAAGAAGGUGGAUAUGCAAGUUAGAGAUAAGAUAUUGGUCAUGCUGGACUCUUGGCAGCAAGCUUUUGGUGGUCCAGAGGGAAAGUACCCGCAGUAUUAUUGGGCAUACGAUGAGUUAAGGCGUUCUGGAGUUCAAUUCCCCCGCCGUUCACCUGAUGCGUCCCCUAUAAUAACACCACCAGUGAGUCAUCCACCGUUAAGACAGCCUCAAGGGGGCUAUGGAGCGCCUCAAGCUGGCUAUGGAGAAUCUCAAGCGGGUUAUGGAAUACCUCAAUAUGGAGUACCUCAAUCGGGUUAUGGAGUACCUCAAGCAGGUUAUGGAAUUCCUCAAGUGGGUUAUGGAAUGCCCAGCGGUUCGUCGAGAAGGCUUGACGAAGCAAUGGCAACUGAGGUUGAGGGGCUAAGUUUGUCAAGUCUUGAGUCCAUGAGGGACGUGAUGGAUCUCUUGGGCGACAUGCUACAAGCUGUUGAUCCCAGCGACCGUGCGGCUGUGAAAGAUGAAGUCAUUGUCGACUUGGUUGAGCGUUGUCGUUCCAAUCAGAAAAAGUUAAUGCAGAUGUUAACCUCAACUGGGGAUGAUGAACUUUUGGGCCGGGGACUUGAUCUAAACGACAGUCUUCAAACUCUGCUAGCUAAGCAUGAUGCAAUAGCUUCUGGUUCUCCUCUGCCAGUUGCGGCUUCUGGUUCUCCUCUGUCAAUUCAGGCUUCUAAACCUGGUGAUUCGAGCCCCAAAUCUUCUGAAGCUAAAGAUUCUAGUUCCAUCGCUGGUUCUAGUUCCCCAAUACCAGCCACUGUGUCUACGGGGAAAAGCCCAAUUGAUGAGGAUUACGAGGAGGAGGAAGAUGAGUUUGCGCAACUAGCUCGAAGGCAUUCUAAACCGCCAGCAUCUGUGACUGCAGACCCCACCAGUUCAGAGUCUCAUAAUGCUGCAAGCAAUGCUCUUGCUCUUGCUCUACCUGACCCGCCUCCUCCAGUGAACACCACAAAGGAACAAGACAUGAUUAACCUAUUGAGUAUCACACUGUCUACACCGUCAACUCCGCCGCCUCCAUCCUCUCAGUCUUCACCCCCUCCUCACGCUGUCUCAGAUCAAAACACCCACAUCUAUCCACAGCCUCGACCACAGUUUGAUACCUAUGUUGCUCCAUGGGCACAACCUCAGCAACAGCAACCGCAACAGCCUCCAACACAGCAGGGUUAUGCUCAACAUCAACAACAGCAGGGUUAUUCUCAACAUCAACAACCUCAACAACAGCAAGGUUAUUCUCAACCUCAACAGCAGCAGGGCUACUCUCAACCGCAGCAGCCUCAAACACAGCAGGGCUACUCUCAACUGCAACAGCCUCAAACACAGCAGGGUUAUUCUCAAUCGCAACCGCAAGCACAGUACCAGAUGCAACCGUCAACUCGACCUCAGAAUCCAUAUGAAUAUCCGCCUCCCCCAUGGGCUUCAACAUCAGCGAAUGCUUACUAUACUCCAAGGGCUAAUGCGAGUGCGUCAUACACAGACACAUCGGCCCUGUCUGGGAGAUCACUGCAGCAAUCCAACUCGUUCCCUACAAGAGCCGGAGAUCCCCAGGCUAACUUAACUUCCAGCAAUCCAGGAGUAUCUACAGGACAGAAGCCGUUUGUUCCGUCCUACAGAUUGUUUGAAGACCUUGAUGUGUUUGGGAGCGCAGAUGGGAAGCAUAAUAAACCGACGAACAGUAGUAAUGGUUCUCAAAGCUUGUCUGGGUCUCAGACGCAGCAGAGCAUGAUAGGAGGAAGGAAAAUGAUUUAACAAAGGUGUGGGUGCUUCAUAUUUUCCAUUUGUGAAUAUAAUGGUGUACAUUUUUAUCCCCUUGUUUGAUUUUAGGAUUUGGUAUGACAUACUGAUUCGCUUUGCUGAGACCAAGAGGUUUUUUUUUCCUUAGUUACUUUGUCUUCUGUUUUCUUACCUUUUUGUGGAGUUGUGUGAACUAUUAUUGGUUUGGGGAUAGAGUUAUAACAGUUGGGAACAACAAUUCAUGGGAAUUGGGAGUGGGAAAUGGAACAUUACUCAGUUUCUAGUC